AUGCAGCAGGACCGAGUCAAACAAGGUACAACCAGGGGCCUGUCUGUCUGUCUGUGUACGAAGACAGGUUGUUCUGUUGUCACAGUGCCUGCCGAUCUUAUGCCGCUCUUCAACUUUCGCUCUGAUGAAUUUACUAACAUACAUGGUAGCUGGAAGCCUGCACGGAUCUCGAAGGUGGCAUGGCUGCAAGGCGAUGGAGGCAACCUCUGGCCUGUUGCAUAUGGACUGGAGUCGCUAGACAACAGUGCAUACGCACACAGAGAUAGUGGGUUAGCAGCGGUAGAUAGCAGGUGGUUAUCGAGACUGCUGGUCUCUGACUAUGCUGCAAUUGGUACAGCAAUCAAUACCAUGUACCGGUUGCAAUUUGCAGCAGACUACAUGAUUAUCAGGAGAUGCGACCACUACCGAAGUUGA